GCAAAGAGGGGAAGAUGUCCGGACGGCCGAAGCCGCGCACCGCCGCCAACGCCGAGUGCGGCGUUGUGUCGGUCAACGAGCGAGUCCUCCGCGAGUGCCACUCCCUCUACAGCGAGCCCGACACCGGACUGAUCGACAUCGCGUCUCGUCUUGGGAUGCAGCUCUCGCCCCCCCGGAAGAAGAUGACUGUGAUGUUGAUGGGGAAUCACUCAGCUGGGAAAAGCUCAUUCAUUAACUGGUACGUGGAAGAACAUAUUCAACGCACAGGCGUGGCCAUCGAGACUCAGGGCUUUACUUUUGUCACCAGUGGCCGCAAAAGGGAAUCGCUGACCGGUAAUGCAACACUCCAUCUGUAUCCACACUUCAAACCGCUGCAGAACAUUGAAGGAGUGUCGGACUACCUCAGCACAGAGAUCUCCACUUCGAAGCAGAAGAAGUUCAGCCUCGUCACGUUUAUCGACACGCCAGGACUGGUGGAUGGUGACAUGAAGUAUCCAUUCGAUGUGGACCAAGCUAUCCUCUGGCUGGGGCAACUGUGUGAACUGGUGUUCGUUUUCUUCGACCCCAUGGGUCAAGCACUGUGCAAGCGGACGUUGAACAUUGUGGAGCGGCUCAAUGAGACCCAGGGGGACAAAAUCCGAUUCUACCUCAGCAAAGCUGACGAAGCAGGGAUCGAGACUGACCGGCAGCGAGUGAUGAUGCAGAUCGUCCAGGAACUGUGCAAACGGCCCGGUCUGAACAAAUGUGGCUUUGACAUGCCCACCAUCUACAUCCCUCACCCCAACAAGCCCAGUCGGUGUGUGAAUCAGAUUGAGGAGGUCUGUCGCACCAUCGAAAAGGCCAUCAGCCAGACGGUGCAGAAGACCCUGAACCAGCUGGAGCGCGACUGUCUUCUCCUCACUAGCACGGUGGACCGGAGGCUGCAGGAGGACAGCCUGGCUAGUGUCCGGAACCGGAGGGCCCAGUCCAAGGGCUGCCUGCUGGGAUUUCUAGGUCUGUUGGUGCCCACCUUCCUGUUGGUCAGUCUGGUGCUGGGAAGUAUGUCCACAGAGGUGGCCAGUAUCCUGCUGGGCGAACACGGGACCCAGACGCUGCAGGUUUACCUGAGUCCUGUCUCCACUUUCUGGGCCCUGAUUCCCAGGGACAAGGUGAUCUACGUCCUCCUGGUGCUCGCCCUCCUCUCCCUGGGACUACUGCUGUCAGCCCACGGCUCCUUCCGGACGACCAGCACCCUGAGUAAGAGGCAGAAGAGGCAGCUGGUGGAGCAGCGGGAGUUCAUACAGGACGCGGUGAAGGAGAGAAAGAAGCAGCUGUAUGAGGAGUACCUACGGCAGAGCGUGGGAGAACACGAGGCGUUGUGAUUGUUCACUGUCAGCUGAUCCCAACUGGAACUCAGACACUAACAGUGUCCAUCUCUCCAACUGACAGAAACUGUGAAUUAAAACAUUCCCCUCCCUCUCUCUCUUCUCCCCUUCUCCCUCCCCCUCACCCACUCUUCCUCUCUUUCCCCCUCUCUCUUCCCCUUUGUCUUUCCCCCCUCUCUUUCCCCUCUUUCCCACCUCUCUCCCCCUCUUUCCCCCUCUCUUUCCCCCUCUCUCUCCCCCUCUCUCUCCCCCUCUCUCUC